AUGGAACCUCCAUAUAAAUACGCACCAUUCUCAACAUCCCGAGCAGCCUCUGCCACAUUCCCACCCACCCAAGCCUCUACCCGAAGCCCAAGCCAAAACCAGCAAGCCAGCGACCUCCAGUCCAAAUUAGAGGACCUCUCUAGAUUUGGUAGUCAAGAAAGCCGCCAAACAGACCGAAGAAAGUCCCGCCGCUCACACCGCUAUGGCUCCGAUGACCGCCAAAUCUCCCCCAAAGGAGAGCAUCGGACUCGUCCAUCUCCAUCCCCUCAGUCGCAAGAGCCAUCCCUCUUCGAUGGCACGAAGUCCCACCGCCGCAAAUAUAGCAAAUCGCGGGAACUGCGCUUCCCUAAUCCCAUGAGCCAUCUAGCUUCCUCGGCGAGCGCGAGGGGAUUGCUCCCUACAUGGUCGGGCGGGAAGGAUAAGGACCGCGAGGGUGAUGAUGGGUUGCUGAGGCCGGUUACGAGGGAGACGACCCGAAGUCGUUGGGGGUCUGAGUCGACUACUGGACUAUCGGAUGGUCGGAACGGAAGUCUGCUUGAUACACCUGAGCAGCAUGAGCAAUUGGGGCCUAUCCGCCGGCACGAGAUUCUGUCUAUGGAUGACCUAGAGAAGGUCAAGAAGCGGAGGAAGUUGGGCGAGGAGUAUCUACGGUCUGCAUUGACUUCGAUUGGGACGUUAGCGACAGACGUCACCCGUCGGCUGGACUACACCUAUUACAAUCUACUUGAGAAAAUCACAGCACUCCACUCGACUAUCUCGUCAUUCCAGGAACUCUCCGACUCAGCGUCAACACUUCUCAACGACUUUGAACGCGAAACCGCCGGGUUAGAUCAAGAUAUCCGCAAACAACUCAAUGACCUAAAGGGCUUCGAGCCACAGAUCGAAAAGGCCGACGCGUUAGAGCAACGCAUGAAAGCCGGCCGACAGCGUGUCGAAGAACUAGGCAAACGACUCGAGACUGUACGGCACGAAAUCGAUAGCUGGGAACAGCGGGAAACAGAAUGGCAAACCCGGACCAGUCGUCGACUACGCAUCUUCUGGGGCAUUGCCACAAGCGCGCUAUUGGUGCUUGUACUCGCUCUAGUCCUCCAGAACUGGCCACAGUUUUGGUCUCCGCACGCUGGGAUCUCACGUUUGACAACGUCAAACCACUCUUCGCCCUCUGUGCCACCUCAGUCUGAAGUGUGGGAUGAGGUUCUCAGUCUCGGGGGAAAAGGUGCAGGGUCUGAUGCAGGGCCUGUUCGAUAUCCGUCCAACCUCGCAGAUCGCCGCGAGAGCCUGGACAAGGCUGGUCCGACUUCGACGAUCCGGUCAGGGCAUGAUGCAUCAUCACCUGCGAAACACGAUGCUUUGAGCGUGCUGGAUGAAUUAUGA